CGCAGACACCAAUUCAUUUUAUGCCUCUUUGAAUUCCAAUUCAAUUUGGAAAAUUGAGUUUCAUUUAUAAUUCAAUUUGGAAAAUUGUGUUUCAUUUAUAAUUGUUUUGGGUAUUAGAAAACCCUAUCUACACCAUGGCUCUACAAAUUCAUUCUUCUUCCCCUUUCAACUCAUUCAUGAUAUCUUUCUGUUUCCCCUUUCAAUUCAUUCACAAAUUGAAAACCUAUUUUCGUCACUCAUUCACAAAUUCUUUCUUCUUCCUCUUUCAACUUUUCCAUUCGAUUUUUUCAGAAUUUACAUCAACGAUGGCGCGACCGAUUGAAUCCGUGAUGGACAUUAACGAUUCUAAAGAUUUGUGGAAGAUUGUUGUUCGUUGUAGACAUCUCUGGACUGUGAGAAGUUCGUCAAACAAAGAACACCUUGAACUAAUUUUGGUUGACUCUAAGCUGGAUAUGAUACAAGCAAUUGUACCAUCCCAUCUGGUGUCGAAAUAUGUGGGCGAUCUUGCCGUAGGAGCUUCAUAUAUCAUGCAGAUUCACGUAAGAAAGUUAAGGACACCUUCAAGUCUCAUGAGGAUGUAUCGAAAAUUCCAAUUUCAUUGUCUUCCUCACAAGAUGAUAUGAAGAGUUUAUCGGAACCUUUAUCUGUAUCUGCUGAUUUCGACCCCAAUGCUGCGAAUUCUGUGAUGACCCCCUGUAAACGUAUAAAUCCUAAAGCGUCAGAAGAUGUUGAAAGUGUUCAACUUUCCUCUACGAAGAUGAUGAAACCUGUAAAAAAGGAAGAUGGUCGAUAGAUGAUGAUUGAGUUAUUUGUAAUAUUUCAUGGAAUUUCAUAGUUUUGAUUUUGUUAUAUUUUAGUUUUAAAUCGACAAAUGUUUCAAGACAAUCCAAACUAUUUGGAAGUUGAUUUUUUGUCUAUCUUAUGCGUUUCAAUUAUGAUGUUUUUGAUUCUUCAAACAAAUAUAUCAGAAAUAAUGUUAUAGUUGUUU